AUGCCGCUGAGUCGCAUCCGCGCGUUUAUCGGCGUUGACGGAGGGCCGACUCCCCGAGAUGCCGUGCUGCUCAAGUCCCUCCUUAUCGUCCACGAGGGGAUUGCCUGGGCCGUAGACCGGCCCCACUACAGGAAUUACCGAGAAGAGAUCAUCCCCACCGCCCUGGAGCUGUACGCCUCUCUGGCGCAAGACGUGCUCGAGGGCGUGGACCUGGAGGUGGGCCACACGCUGCCCGAGAGCAUCUUCGUCGUGACCGGCACCGCCCGCCCUUCUUGGCCUCGAUGGGGUGGGAGCCCCUCGGCAGCGACGGCGACACCGCGGUUGAUCGAAGGAGGAGCGGGCAGGGGGUCCAACGACGUCGACGGCCCGGAUACCACACGCAACAACGGGAGCGGGGGCACGGGCUUCGGUCGGUCGCCCAGGGAAGCGAGCGGUAGGGGGCGCGGGAUGACGAGGGCCAGGGAGUUCCUGCCGGGACCGUGGGUUGUGUUCCGCGUGGCUCGGGGGGACUAUCUGGAGUUCUACCGGGACCAGGCGGCGGUGCUCGAUCAGGCGGUCGGUGGUUCGGUCGCAGAGAUGGAGAACAUGCUGAUGUGAAUUUUUCACGCGGUGGAUUCUUCCGUUGUUCAGUCCCAAAAGUGAAGUAUACGGGUGUGUGUUCUCCCGAAAAUAGAGGGUCGGGCUUGCUGCAGAAGGUGAUCUCCAGCGGUUCAUGGCGCUUGGGGCGUCUCCAUGUGGCAUCGCGAGUAGCAGUUGUACACUUUUUCUCCGGUGUGUGACCAGGCUCUAGACAUUGAACAUCCCCGCCCAACAACUACUGCCUGGCUCUGUUGCGUUUCAGUAUUUUGAGUGACGUGUCUUGUCCAUUUCAGAGUGUCGCCACUGGUCGGAGAUAUCGGACGAAAGAAAGUCGGACGAACAGCGGCGGUAGUUCUUACCGCCUCCCCGUCUCUUCCACGUAGCACAGACCGGUCGAGCUGGAAUACCUGUUUAGACUUGUCUGCAGGAAGGAUUGCGUGUUGUAUAGACCCUUUGGCAUUCCGAAGGUGAUACCGCCGUUAGGGUCUGUGAUAGGGUUGAACGUGUAUGGGGAAGAGGACUGUGUUAUACCCUCUUGGGUGUUA